AUUCAUUUAUUGUUGCUGUUGCUUCAGUUGAGUCAUUGCAUCUGCAAACUUGAGUUGCUUAGGAAAAAAUUCUGUAUCAUGUUUCAGUUAAUCAUCUACUGUUUACUUCCAUUGCUCACCUUUGGUGCCAUUAACUGGGAAGAUUGUGGUCAAGCUGAUAGAUCAUUGGUUUUGCGCAAGUUCAAUGUAAAAGGUGACAAAGUGUUCGUUGAUGGCAACAAUUCAAUCGAAGCUGAGGUUGACUUCAGUCUACUCGAUCCUUUAGACGAAGAAGUUACAAUGAGCUCUGAAUUCAGAAGGUACUUUUCAAUUCUUGGUGUUGAAGCAAGUGUCAAAAUUCCAUGUAGGAGCGAUGUUGGAAGCUGUUCUGGUUCUUUUUGCUAUUUUGUUGAUUCAUAUAAAAAUUUGGCCAAUACUUUUGCUGCUCAACUCAAGGUGCCACCAAGUUGCAAAAUGCAAGUUGGACGUUACAUGGGAAACGUCUCUUAUCCGAUUCCACUCAAAGAUAUCGGACAUGUUAUGUCAGCAGCCCUUCAAUUUGCUGCUUCGGGUAAAUAUGGGUUGGUCAUGCGCUGGUAUUACAGAGAUGCUGAAAUCGGCUGUGUUUCAAUCAUGGCUGAUGUAGAAUUCAAACUCUAGACUUGAACCUUUUUCUAAAAUCAUUACCAAAGAAUACAAUAAAUGUUACCUGAUGAACCAACUUGUUACAUUGUCAAAUUUUUCUUCUAACUCUGAAUUCAUCGUGAUUUGUCUAAGCUAUCAUUUUGGUAGUUUCAAUUUAGAUUAAAAUUUAUCAAUUUAGCAA